CCUGAAUCCUGGGCAAGGAUGAGGGGGAGGGAGACGAGAAAGUGAGAAGGAAGCGUGCUUGGGAUGGCAGGAGAUCCGGAUGGAUGAUGAUAACCAGAGCGUCUCUGACCACACAAUUGGCAAAGACCUCCAGAACGCGAGGACAGGUCAAAGGCAUUCCCCUACCUUGCAUGACUUACUGCAGAAACAGAGGGAUGAGGACUCGCCUAGGUUGCCUGUCUCACAAAUCAGACUCAUGCAGCGACUUCACAGCUAUCCUCCUGGACAAACCCAACCGGGCUUUGAAAAGGUUAUCAACGGAAGAAACUACAAGAUGGGCAGAUUCUUUUGAUGUUCUCCUGUCCCACAAAUAUGGAGUGGCUGCAUUUCGCGCCUUCCUGAAGACAGAAUUUAGUGAGGAGAACCUGGAAUUUUGGCUGGCCUGUGAGGAGUUCAAAAAGACACGGUCAACUGCCAAACUGGCUUCCAAGGCCCAGAGGAUUUUUGAAGAAUUCGUUGAUGUGCAAGCACCGCGAGAGGUGAAUAUAGACUUCCAGACACGGGAAGUGACAAGAAGGAACAUACAAGAGCCGUCGCCAUCCUGCUUUGACCAGGCCCAGGGGAAAAUCCACAGCCUUAUGGAAAAAGACUCUUACCCCAGGUUCCUGAGGUCCAAAAUUUACACAGACCUGCUGUCUCAAACCCAGAGAAGGCUCAGCUAGGGCAGGGAGGAGGGGGGACCCCCCCCUUAGACACCGUGAGCUUCCUGCACCAGCCAAAUCCAUUCCCAUCUGUGAAAUUUCAUUGGUGUUGUCACAACAGAAGAACUGAAAGAGGGAAAGAAAGAAGCAUGGAGAGGCAAGGGAAGGGCAUGUGUGGAAAACACGUUGCAGCAGGAGUCCCACGCUCUUUUUGGAUUCCAGUUUGUGCGUUGGCAUACCUGUGUGUUUAAAAAAUACCUGUACACGUAAGACCCACCGAAGCUGAUGCUCUUCCUCAGGAGCAUAAAGUCUGGUCUAUGUUUCACGCUGAAUUCACUUAACACAAAGGUGGGCUUCCUGAAGCGUUUCUGCACCAGGCUUGUCUGUAAAUAAUGCUCUGUACUGGGCAGCCAAAGCUGAUCCUGAACGAGUAGAGCUGCAGGAUCAGGCUCUUGUGUUGCCAGAGAGCCCCAGGAAAAAUGGCCAGAAGUUUCCGGCACCAGGCCGAGAGGACAGGCCAAGGCACAGUCUUACACUAAUCAGAAUCAAAGCUGAGGGGAAGCAUGAAGAAGGGAGGUGGCAGGUGCAUAGGGCUGCCAACCUCCAGGUGGGACCUGCAGAUGUUUCGGAAUCACAACUGACCUCUGGA